ACCACGUGACGGCAGCUCCGUGUCACGCCGCUGCAGAUGAUGGAUGUCAUCCGAUCCCAAAUGAGACGUGAAGGGAGACGGAAUGCGGAGAAUCAAUGGGUUCCUACGCUCCCGACGGCGCCGAGGUUCCCCUCCUCCGGGGUUGUUGUGACUGCCUCGUGACCCACCCGCAAAACUGCCCUUUCUGUUUUGGUUUUUUGUGUUUUUUUCUGAAUCCAUUGAUAAAAAUUCGCUCUAAAUCCUUCAGUGAUACGAAAGCAGAGCUGGGGCUGCGGGAAUUGCGCCCACCUCCGGGGUGGAGCAGGUGGCAAACGGCGGCAGGGCUGCCAUAAGCACGCGUCUGCUCGCCCGUAGGGGGCCGGGGGCUGUUUGGACCACCUGGAUGCUGGGGGGGGGGUGUAAGGCAGAAGCGGAGGCAGCUCUGAUUCAUCCUCGAACGCGAACUGCUCCUGUGUCACGACGCUAAAACGAGCCUGAAUGAGGAGCGCAGCUCUGAGCAUCUCCCCCCUCCUCCCCUCCUGCAAUAAAUGCCGGCUGAGCGCCGCGGAGCUGCACGCAAACUGCUUGCUAAGCUGGGAGCCCGAGGUCCAGCGCGUCUCCCUGCGGCGUUUCCCCUCGGCCUGCUCUGCUGACCCCUGGCUGCGUGUUCCCUUCGCGCUGUGUCCUGCUGAUGACGAGGAGGUGAGCCCCGAGCAGCUCACGUGGGACGUUCCUCUUCUCCCUUCACCCCAUCCCAGCCCCUGGGGUGGCACGGAGCCGUCCCGAUGCCGAAGAACAGCAAAGUGACACAGCGGGAGCACAGCAGUGAGCAUGUCACCGAGUCAGUGGCCGACCUGCUGGCUCAUGAGGAGCCCGUGGACUACAAACGCAGCGUCCUCAACGUGACAGGGGAGGCUUGGGAUAAGCAGAAGGACGGGGAGGAGGAGCUGGAUGCAGAGAACAGGCCGGCGUGGAAUAGCAAGCUGCAGUACAUCCUGGCCCAGAUUGGCUACUCUGUGGGGCUGGGAAAUGUCUGGCGAUUCCCCUACCUGUGCCAAAAGAAUGGAGGAGGCGCCUACCUGGUCCCAUACCUGGUCCUGCUCAUCAUCAUUGGGCUCCCGCUGUUCUUCCUGGAGCUGGCAGUGGGGCAGCGGAUCCGUCGGGGCAGCAUUGGUGUCUGGAAUUACAUCUGUCCCCGCCUCGGUGGCAUCGGUUAUGCCAGCUGCCUGGUCUGCUUUUUUGUCGGUCUUUAUUACAACGUCAUCAUCGGUUGGAGCAUCUUUUACUUCUUCAAGUCCUUCCAGUACCCUCUUCCCUGGAGCGAGUGCCCCAUUGUCAAGAAUGGCUCCGUGGCCGUUGUGGAGACUGAAUGUGAGAGGAGCUCGGCCACCACCUAUUUCUGGUACCGGGAGGCCCUGGACAUCUCCAACUCCAUCUCAGAGAGUGGGGGACUCAAUUGGAAGAUGACCCUCUGCCUGCUGGUGGCCUGGAGUCUCGUUGGCUUGGCCAUGAUCAAAGGCAUCCAGUCCUCGGGGAAGGUGAUGUAUUUCAGCUCCCUCUUCCCCUACGUGGUGCUGGUUUGCUUCUUGGUGCGGGGCCUCCUGCUGCGCGGGGCGGUGGAUGGGAUCAUGCACAUGUUCACCCCCAAGCUGGAUAAGAUGCUGGACCCCCAGGUGUGGCGGGAGGCAGCCACGCAGGUGUUCUUUGCCUUGGGAUUGGGCUUUGGGGGGGUCAUCGCCUUCUCCAGCUACAACAAGCAGGACAACAACUGCCACUUCGACGCCACGCUCGUCUCCUUCAUCAACUUCUUCACGUCUGUCCUGGCCACCCUGGUUGUGUUCGCCGUGCUGGGCUUCAAGGCCAACAUCAUGAAUGAGAAAUGCGUGGUGGAGAAUGCUGAGAAGAUCUUGGGAUACCUGAACACCAACGUGCUCAGCCACGACCUCAUCCCACCCCACGUGAACUUCUCCCACUUGACAGCCAAGGACUACAACGAGAUGUACAGGGUGAUCAUGACGGUGAAAGAGGGGCACUUCAAAGAGCUGGGCUUGGACGCGUGUCUGUUGGAGGAUGAGCUGGACAAGUCAGUGCAAGGAACCGGCCUGGCCUUCAUCGCCUUCACAGAAGCCAUGACCCACUUCCCAGCCUCGCCGUUUUGGUCUGUCAUGUUCUUCUUGAUGCUGAUAAACCUGGGGCUGGGCAGCAUGAUCGGGACCAUGUCGGGCAUCACCACUCCCAUCAUCGACACCUUCAAGGUGCGGAAGGAGGUGUUCACAGUUGGCUGCUGCAUCUUCGCCUUUGUGGUGGGCCUGAUCUUCGUGCAGCGCUCUGGGAACUACUUUGUCACCAUGUUUGAUGAUUACUCAGCCACGCUGCCGCUCACCGUCGUGGUCAUCCUGGAGAACAUCGCUGUGGCCUGGAUUUACGGCACUAAGAAGUUCAUGCAGGAACUGACAGAGAUGCUGGGCUUUCGGCCCUAUCAGUUCUACUACUACACCUGGAAGUACGUCUCUCCCAUCUGCAUGGCCGUGCUCAUGACUGCCAGCAUCAUCCAGCUGGGAGUCAGCCCCCCGGGCUACAGCGCGUGGAUCAGAGAGGAGGCUGCAGAGAAGUUCCUUUUUUACCCAACCUGGGCCAUGGCUAUCCUCAUCUCCCUGAUCAUCCUGGCUUCCCUCCCUCUGCCUCUGGUCUUCAUCCUCCGGCAGUUCCACCUGGUGUCAGACGGCUCCAACACCCUCUCGGUCACCUACAAGAAGGGCCGGAUGAUGAAGGACAUCUCCAACUUGGAAGACAACGACGAGACGCGCUUCAUCCUGAGCAAGGUGCCGAGCGAGACCCCAUCCCCGAUGCCCACCCACCGUUCCUACCUGGGGCCUGGGAGCAACUCCCCUAUGGAGAUGAGCAGCGCGCCCAACGGACGCUAUGGGAGCGGGUACCUGACGGCCGGCACCCCCGAGUCUGAACUGUGAUGCUGGGCAGCUGACCACUCCCCGGGAGAGGAGAGGUCGUGGGGAGUGGAUCCUGGCUGUCCAGGCAACGGGAAAACUAUCAAAGAAGAAACCCCUCUUUAAGUUGUAACCAAAAGCAGCCGUUCCUACGAUGAUGAAGGGAUUGCGGGAGGGGCAGGACUCCUCCAACAGCCCUCAGCAAAGGGCAGGACCUGGGGCUCGCCUUAGGGAAGGGAGGAGCAAGGGAUGCUGCGAUGCUUUUCCGAGGGUUGUCCUCUCGCAGCUCCAAUCUCUCUUUUCAAGCAGCUGGUGGUUGGAAAAAGGACCUGGCGUCAGGUGGAAAGCCAGCCGUGCUUCCUCCUGCAGCCCAGCGCUCUGCCCUUCGUCUGUUGCCCUUUAGCUGGGAGGAGUCAUGGCCUUAUUCCAACGAGCACAAUUAACCGUUGAUGUUCAUAGCACAAAAGGGUGCUGCCGUUGUUGCCAUCGUUGUUGUUGUUGUAUCUCCUGUAGUUUUUCUAGCUGUGGACACACUCAGAUAACCCCAGUGUUUUGGCCAGGGUCGGCAGGGAGCGGCGUGGGGCUGAGUUAUGGUGACGUGUGGGGCUGCAGCUGGUGGCUCUUUGGAGGCUGCCCCAUCACCACCAGCACAGGGACGGGGUCUGCAGGGUGUUCCCAGGUGUGCUGGGGGUGAUGUGUGCUCUGAGAUGUCGGGAUGGCACGGGCUGUGGGCAGGCAGAUCUACUGGGCAGCACCUCCAAAAUGAGGGGUUUCAUGUGAGGUCUAGAAGGGCAGUGGGGAUGGAGCAGGGAGCGCCCUGCUGGAAUGGCCUUGAACCUACGGGAUGCUCUACUGCACCACCAUCCCUGGCGUGGUGUUCAUCUCCUCUUGCUGCUUUCUUUAGGCACGUGGAGCUGUGGGGCACCAGGUCCUACAGCAGCCCUGAUUCGGCUCUCAGGAAACUGCCCUGGGCUGUGGGAGGUGAGCUGGCUUUUGGGGAUGGCGGAUGGAAGGAUAUGUCUGAGCAGCCAGCACUGGGUCCCAGCAUCCCCGUGAGCUGCAUCCAGGCUGCUGAGCCCUCCGUGGUGCCUCUCCACGCUGCCUGGGGAGCACAUGGAUGCAAAGCCUGUGCGAGUGAGGAAGGUCGGUUGGGUUUUCCCAGUUCUGAGUUUCUCCCUCUGACACUGAAGGUCCCUGAAUCAAACACAAAGCCAAGAAUUUCUGUUGGCAGUACAGCCUGAAGCGAGCGUUCCUUCUUUUCUCCCUGUGGGCGCAGGGGAGCAGCGCCUUGUUUAUGGUCUCAGAAGCUGAGUGAGCUCCUUACUCCAGUCCUGUUGGGCUGAGAUCACAUCUGGGGGCAUUUCAAACACUUUUGCAGGCCACGUUCCUGGCUCCCAUGCCCACGAGCCCCUCUAGCCUUGCUUGCCCACCCACAGGUAGAGAGAGUUUGGGAGGUUCCCACCUGUCUAUCUCUGGUUUGGGAUGCUGUGUUUACAGCCCUUCUCAUCGUGGGCUCAGCUGGAGUGUCUUACUGGGCAAUUAGCACAGGCCCUUCGUUAGCUGUUUUUCCAGAGGGGAAACGAAGAUGGGGACCAAACCAAAGCAGCUCGCCCUGCUGAUGGCAGAGGAAGCACCAGCUCCAGGAUCAGCUGCGCUCCCACCUCUUCUCCAGCCCUCAUCCAGGUUAACCUUCCCCUCCUCCUGCCCUUGCGGAGGGACACAGAGAUGUCCCCACUGCGUCACCUCCAAGUGGGAGAAGCACAAAACCCCUUUUUCCCACCUCUCCUCCUCCCUGUGUCCCCAGUUUCCCCCAUCGCUGCCCAGUGUCACCUUCCCAGUGGCAGUGGCUGAGCCCAGGGGCUGGAUCCCCACCGCAGCUCCCAUGGAGUUGGGGAGCAGGGCACCUCACCAGGUCCCAUCUGCUGCCGUGCUGCCAUGCUCCUCGAGCCCUUGGGGGAACACUUCAGUCCCCCCAUCCCUCCCAUUGCCAGCCCCAAACUGGGCAGGGAGGCGUUUGCUUCCCACCCCUCUUAUUGCAGCACCAAGAAGAGGCAAAACCAAUAGGAAGGUAACAAGAAAGCUAUAUUAUAUAUACAUAUAUAUAUAAAAAACAGAGGAGAGGAGAGGAGAUGGAGUAAUAACCCACAGAUUCUCUAUUUCUACUGUAUAUUUAUUCUGUAAAUGUCACUGUAAAUGCUGUUCAAUGACAAAGUGGCCCGUGACCCUGUUUUCACCCCCAGUGCUGUACAGAUCAAUUCUCACUGUAUAUCGGACCGAUUUUUACCUUUUUAUUUCUCGUGUGUGGUGGGUGGCUGUGUGUCGUCCCCCCCCCUCCCCCCAACCCCAGACCCCCCAUCAAGGGGAGGUGGGGGUUAUGGGGGGGGGGGUGAGGGCGCCUUUCUUUUUAUCCGUGGAGGUUGUGUAUUUCUCGUGGUGUUUGCUCGGUGUUGGGGGGUCGCUGGAUGGGGUGGGGGGGUGUGAAGCUGUGGGUGCUCCGUGUCGUCGCUGUGUGCGUGUGUCUGUCUGUCAGUCACGCCGUGUGUGGGGUGUGCGCCUUGCUCUCGCCUUCGGGGUCACUUCUUGCUGUACUCGGUCACUUUGGGAGCCUAUGGGGGGGUUCUUCCCCCUGGUUCUCCCCCCCGUUCACCUUCCUGGGGUCGAUCCCCGGUGACUUUUAGCCUUGGCGAUCACUUUUGGUUUGUUUUCUCCCCUCAGAGGCACAGGGAAUAGCUGCUAGCUGUCAGCACAGGCACUUUCCAGUUUCCCUCUGGGCGGUUGGAGCAAGGGGGGGGUGGAUGCUGCCAAUACUCCCCCCCCUACCCCCAGCUCUCCCCUUCCUUCCCAGCCCAGAUCCUACUGCUCAGAGCAGGGCUGGAUCAGGAGCCCCACUACGGAGAAGGGCUUCCCCUCCUGCCCUCCCUGCAGCUCCCCCUGGCUCCUCCUGAGCUGCUCCCACUGCCUCCCUCAUCCCUCCACCCCAGCUCUCACCAGCAGGAGCGGGGUGUGCAGGUGCCCAGGUGGCUCUGCCAACCCCCAGGGAUGCAGCCAGGUUCAGGCAGAGCCCCUGCAGCACACGGGCUGCUCCGCUGUGGGUAAGCACAAUGCUGGCCAAGCCCUCCUGUACAGGUAAAAGCACAGAUCUGAUAGAAACUCGUCCCAUGUAUCCUCAUAGCCGGUGUAUUUACCACUCCUGCUGUGCCGGCCGGACUCCUCAGCAGGUGAGAAAAGCCCUGUAAUGGCCGUGAUGGAGUCUGAUUAAAAGUCUGUUCUUACCAAGCCUCUUCUCUG